AUUCAUUGUCUUCCGUGUCUAAAUAUAUCAGAAAAAGAAAGGCUCCCCGGCCAGACGAUCCAUUCUCUAGCCAGAAGCAAGGAAAGAUCAAAGCAGAAACGGUACACACUUCUCUGAAACCCAAAUGUCAACCACUAAACCUCAUCAUGAUGCAGAAUCUGAUGCCCAACUAGUUUAUCAGGAGGACGAGAAGACCACUAUAUUUUAUCCAAGAGGACUCAAUAUUGUGUGGGGCAAUGACCCCCGCUACUGGCGCUUACCUUCUGAUCAGGAAAAGACAGGGCCUGUUGAUUUGGUACAGGUAUCAUGGCUGGAGGUAACCGGUUCACGCGAGAAUCUGGCGCCUGGAAAGACGUACGAAAUAGGGUUCAGGAUAUCAUUGACACAAGAAGCUUUUGGUUGGAAUGGGAGCAAGGUUUACGUGAUGGCCAAGCUAGGGCGAAGGGGAAAGUACAAUUGGAAGAGAGCAAGCCUGGAUGCUUUCACAAAUGGGACUCCCGUCGAAAUUCCUCUAGCCAAUGACAAACUCAAAAUCCAAACUACCAAUUCUGAGACCACCAUCUUCUUCGGUAUGUAUGAAGUCUGGAGCGGCAAAUGGAAGGGAGGCCUCAGAAUUCACAAUGCUUACAUCAGAGAAGCGUGAAAUUAGCAAAGCUCACUCAUCUAUAUCCGAUCCAUUUUACAAUAUCA